AUGUUCCCUAACACGCGACGUGCUUCACUGCCUAGUAACCCAGCCGCAGAAGCAGCGACUCGCCGGGAAUGUCGAACUUUCGAACCCCAGCAAUGGCGUCGAUCGGUAUGCAAAAAUUGCUUUCGAUCUGAGCCUGAACACGUUGCUGCUGCCAACGUUGCUACUCCAACUGCUGUUUCUGUGACAACCACUUCAGUGCCUACUUUGGAGUCAACUCCAGUAGCGAUAAAUGCCUGGCCAGUGACACCUGUGCUAAGUAGAAAAUCAACUUCUGUUGGGUCUAUGGAUGCACCACAGUUGAGGGUGGGCGGACAACCACAGGCGCCAGGGCGAAGAAAUGGACAGAAUUCACAGAGAUCGGCUGAAGACUUGCACAGAGGACCUCCUACGGGUCAUAGAAGCACCCCUGCUCCCAUUCAGGCACCCCCACCCCAGACAAUGGUUCCAGAGCGGAGUGCCCAAGUGGGUACCAGUGGAAUCUUCUCGUCCGCCUCGAGUAUCGACGCGAGAUAUGUAGAGGAGUUAGAAAAUGAUUUUUUCGACUUGGAGGACAAAUACGAUGCUUUGGCACGGGAGCGCAAUGACAUCUCAAUGGAGUUAGAGGCAAAAGUGAGGAGCAUUGAGGAGCUGCAGACUUCACUGGAACAGUACAAGGAGAAGGUCAGCACGUUGGAAAGAAGGUGUACCCACUUGGAGGAAGAAAUCAAGAGUUACAGAGAAAGGCUGCGAUUGCCAGAAAGCGACCAAGGUGGAGUAGCAGGUGGCACUGCUGAUAUGAAGACUGGUUUAAGUACUGCGCUGGAGGGCAGUGAAUGCAAUGACGAUUUGAAGUCGCGACUAAAUCAGGUGGAACAGCUGUGUCAGGAUGUGAUGGAAGAGAAUGAGGCCUUGAAGGAAGAAAUAGAGGAGAUGCAGCGAGAGAUUGAGGAGAUGCAUGAUCAUUUUCAGGAGGAGGACAGGGACAGCAUGCGGGAGAUGCAACGUGACCUUGAGGCAGCCAAUAAGACGUGUAGAAUUCUUCAGUUUAAGCUACGCAAAGCGGAGCGUCGUUUUGAGCAGGUGGAGGCUGAGAGAGCCAAUUUGGAAGAGCGACUUUCGCGACUAGAGUCUCAACUCUACAGCGAGACUGAUAUCGGUCACAUUCGGACACUUGAGGAGGAAUUGCGCGUUGCUAAGGAGGUGACAGUUCGUCUUAACAACGAAUUAGACAUUUUGGAGGAGAAGCGCCAGUUCUACGAAGAUGAAAAUCACCAGUUAAAGAAUGAAUUGCAAAUAUGUCAGAAUCGACGAAUCGCCUCUGAGAAUGAGGUGGAUCGACUGCGUCUGGAGCUUGACAAGUUGAAAUAUGAGAGCCGAUUCGCUGAACGUGGUCCUCUACAAAUUACCGACAAAAAGGCCGGUCGUCAUUCCACAACAGCUGCUGCUGCACCUCCCAACACUACAUUCUCUACGGAGCAAAGCGAACUCAUUCGUGCUCUUCAAACCACCAAGGAACGUGAGGCCGACCUCUCUGAACAGCUUCGAUUUGCAGAGGAAGAGCUUCGCAAAAUGAAUCGCAGGAUGGCGGAGGCACAGGCAGACAAUAAUUCCUUGACGAGGCAGCUCGAGCGCCUUAGUAUGCAGCAGGUACGUGGUGAAAGUCCCAGAGCUACGGCAUCUCAGGUUAAGAAAGAACUAGCUGCAACUCAGCAAGAAGUUAAGCGAACCGAAGUUGAUGAGAACGCCGAAAAGUUGAAAGCGGUACAAGAGGAGCUGGAAAUGUAUAAAGAAACCAAUAAGAUGGCGACAAAACGAAUAAACCAAUUAGCGAAUGAGUUUCUCACUCUCAAGGUUAACUAUCGUGAAGUUGAUUGGCUAGCCAAAUACAAUGAUGCUGUGGAGUCGCAGAAGGAUGCUGAGAAUCAGAUUAACACACUGAAACGAAGGCUUGCAGACGCGAGUGGUGAUUUGCCCAGUUCCGUGGUGGCUCGAAUUGAAUCAAGGCGACCUUCCUUGAAAUCGUCCGAUUCUCGGGCUGCUAUGUCGAAGGAGUGGUUGUUACAAAAGUUGGAUAACUACGAUAAGGAGAUGGCUGAUCUAGAGACAGAGAUGUCAGUGCUACGAAACACGGCAAACAGUCUGAAAUUGCAGUCACAAAGAAUGGGUGAUGAACUUACCGAAUUCAAGGCUGAAGCUGAUCAACGAGAAAGAGAAUUUAGGGAGCAUAUUGAGCACUUGGAGAAGAAGGAUUUCGUCAUUAGUAGCCUCCUAGAACUUAUGGUUCAGAGGACCGGCCUUCUACAGGAACAGCUUGAAAGGUCUAAAUCGACUGAAUCGGAAAAAUCAUCCAAUGGAGCUGAAGAUGAGCUAAAAAAUCUUCAACAGCUUUUGGAAAAGGAGCAUGAAAAGGCAAGGAUUUUGGAGACUCAGUUGAAAUCUGGUGCUUCGAGCAUUCCUCGUCCGAUGUUGAGUGAAAAUGAACGGGCAAGAUUGAAGGAAAUCGAAGUUUUAAAGGGUCAGCUGGAGGAGAAGGAGGAGCAGAUAGAGGAUCACGAGAGCCAAAUUCGUGAAUUGCGGGGCCGUCUAGAAAGAGCCAAAAAGAUGAAUGAGGCAAUGAAGACGCUGAUUGACAAGGACCCCACGGACGCAUCCCGAGCCUCCUCCAACACUGCGUUGGGUGGUGCCACUUCACCUCCGGUUCCAAUGGAGACUAAACAGACGGCUCUGGAGAUAUCGAGCUAUCGACGAGAGAUUGACUCAAUGCGAAAGGAGAUAGCGAUCCUUCAACAAAAGGUGGUGCAGAUUGAAAAGGUUCGGGAGAAACUGCUGCUUGAGAACAAAGACCUCCAAGAGGAAUUGAAGCUUCGAGAGGAUUCCCUUUUUGAUCAAGACGACGAAUUGGAGAAACGGAAUGCCGAUCUGGCCAAGGCAAAACGCGCACUUGAGUUGAUGCAAGUAGAGCUAAACGAGGCUCGUAAGGGAUUGGCUGCUGCGAGAGCACAGGAGGGAAUGAGCAUGAAAAUCAGUUCAACAUUGGCUGAAAACGAACGCUUGAAAUCGGAGCUCAGACGUCUAGAGGAUGAACUAAGAACCUCCAACUCAAACCUAGAAAAGGCCCAAGCAGCUGAGUUAGAAGCCUCAGAAAAGUGCAAACAGCUAGCACAAGAGUUAAAGAACAAAGAAGCCCUCGUUUGCGAAAAGGAUGACCUUCUAAGCGAGGUCAAGAAGGAUUCGCAGCGGCUUGAUGAAGAAUUGAAUGCGGCUCGUCAGACUAGCACCGAGGCACAGACGAAGAUCAAGAAACUUGAGGCCACUAUAGCUGAACUUCAGAAAAAGUUUCAACAGGGAGAGGGUAUGGGAGGAUGGAGACCCGACUCCUCCCCCGACAGCGGCAUCGGUCGUGAUGGGAGCCGGGACAGUAGACGCAUGGAAAUGGACCGUCUUCGUCGAGAAUGCACUGCCCUACGCCAGGAGAGAGAUGAAAUUGCCAAGGAGGCGCGUCGUGAUAGGCAGAUGUUUGAAAAACGCCUUCAGGAGGCCUGCAACCGCCUGAAUUCGUCAAUGGACACAUCUGCUGGUGUAGUGGGUGGCUCCGGUGUUAGCGGCGACCUCUAUUCUCGAGCUGUUGCUGAGACGCAGGUCAACAAAAAGUUUAAUCUGUUUAAUGAACUUGUUGCCAAGCAAAGUAGCAUCAUUUCUCAGCUAAAAAUUAAGAACGAAAUAAUUCAGAAUAAGGUGCUGGAGUAUCAACGGAAGUAUGCUAACCUGAAGGAGCAAUACGAAGCGGAGCAAGAGGCCUGGCUGUCGGAACGCGUGGUCCUCGAGUCUAAGGCAAAGGAGCAGGAGGAGAGGAAGAAUACAAUAGCAAGCACGAGGAAGUCACUGCAAGAGACCAGCGUUCGGUUGGCAGAGGCUGAAAUCACCUUUGAAAAGGAAAGGCAACGGUUUGAGCAUGAAAUGGCCAGACUGGAGUCUGAAAAAUCUGAAAUUAAGGUACAGUUAACUCAGCUGAAGGAGCAACAGAAGCUGCCGAAAGUGUUGCAACGCUUUAGCGCCUCACCAGCCCGCACCGGUCACAUCAGUAUGAUGAAUACCGGCGCCUCCACCAACGCCGCCAACGCGGAAACUGCACGACGUCUUGACUCCGCUGAAAGGACCAUAGCCCGUCUAAAGUCCGAGCUUCAGCACCGUCUUGAAGCUCAGUCUCAAGCCACCAUUGCUGCAAUUCACGAGGCGGAGGCUGCGAGGGCAGCUGCCGAAUGUCAAAUGGAAUGCUUGAACGAGCAGUUGUUGCAGUUGAAUCUGUACCGCGAGCAGGCGGAGUUGUUCCGAGAGCGGCUGAUCGAAUCGGAACAGGGAGCAGAUCGGGAAUACAAAAUUUGGUCGGAGGAGAGGGAGGAUUUGCUCUGUCGAAUUGAAGAUUCACGAAUUUCCAUCGAACAGUGGUGUAUUCGCCUUGCCAACAGAGAUGGGGUGGAAGGCAUGAAGUCGGAGGAGAUUAUCAACGAUAUCGUCGCCGAAAUGGAGCGUUGGCGCACCUGUCGACAGCACAUGCCCGUAUUCCGAAGGACUUUAUCCACUGAUGAGCAGUGCCAACGAUCACACACCUCCGAUACGCAGUCAAUGAUGGGUGAUAGUAUGAUCAGCACUCCUGUCACCCAGCCCAAGGCUCCGCUCUCCGCGGGACAUCGAUCCACCUCAGUGGAGUGGUUCAACAAAUCCUGCAACGGAUUUAGAGGCAGCACAGUGAGCUUGGCGGCUGGAAUUAGUUCCUCGUUGGCUAGAAGUGUCACUCCCUCAUUGAUCCGCUGCGGUCGCUCUGUUUCACCCGAUGUCAGUAUUCGAAAGAUCACUAAUUAUCCGGAUCCAACACCAGGCUUUCUUGUUCGCUCUCGCCAGUCCUCUGUCGACAACCUUGGCAGUGUUGGCGACCUCACUCAGAGGCCUUUCACUUCUCCUGGCAAACCUCCCUUGCGUCAACCGAUCUCUCCCGCUCGACGCAAAUUCUUUGAAGACAAUGUGACCCCAGAUUCAGGCAGUCUGAUUUCAAAAACGGAAUCAUUUACCUUCCCUCUAUCAUCCUCUGUUUCCUCCAAUGUAAUAAUUAAACAUCCUGCUGAACUUCGCCAUUCUUCCGUUACCACUACGACUACCAGCAACACCAAUACCAACACUGUCACUCCGAUUGCCGUUGUGACUGUCGAAUCUGCCGAGGAAAAGACCUCCUCUUCCCCAAAAACGUCUUCCACACCCUCUGUUCUUUCUCGAAUAUCCUCCAAGCUGUCCGGUUCCAAAACAGACGUUUCCCGACGCAAUUCACCACCGAAGGAGAAGCGAUAUUCACCUCCUAAGACACCAUCAUCGACGACUUCAUCUUCCAAAUCUCCGAAACAGAAGAAGAAGUCACCAGCUCGAACUUCUCCAUUGCCAGCGACACCCACGGUGCCAUCAGCAUCAACGUCGAAAGCAGCGCCGGAUUCAUCUACUACGCCUAAACGACGGGGAUCAGAGAUGAUUCAGUCCAUUGCCUCGAAACUGCACUCCGCAGCAGAAUCGUCGGCAAAACCUUCCCCUUCCAGCCUGUCAUCGGCUUUCUUGAAAACCGGUCGAUCGGGAAGCCUCACCUCCACGUCGAUAUCUCCCUCGAUUAUGGCGUUAAGGCAGAAGUUUGGUGGCAAAUAA